AUGCCUUGUACUGUGAGCCCUAUCAGUUCCGUACGGGCUCAAAACAUCUUGAAUGCGGGACAAGCAUAUAAUUUUCAAAACGCAGAGAGUGGCUCGACGGUCCAAUAUGGAACCCAAACACGAGAUUCUGGUGUCGUUCAAGUUGACCAAGUCUCGUAUCGGUAUGACAUGGACUCCCGAGAGAGACUAAAGGUCCGAAAUAUGCUCGACAGGCAGAAGGCGUCUGGGAAAUCCAAUGUUGAGAUUGGAAAAUAUAUUGUCGAGACAUAUUACAAUAGGGACCAAGGGCUAGGGGGACUUGUGACUAAAUUGGUAACAAAUGGACGCACGUAUGUUACAAUCACUGCUGUUGUUAUGAAGGCUGUCGGCUCAAAUCCGCCGGUACAGCAGGGAUGGGGGCCAGGCUCAGCUUAUGCUGCUCCAAAGCCCAAUCCUCUCCCACCCUUGAGGAAUGGCGAGCCAGGCGGUCAUAUCUUUUCGAAAUAUGAGACCAGUGGCCGAUUUAAUGCACCCUCGAGAGGCUCAGCUAACCAAAAGUACAUCUUUGAAGAUGACGAAGAUCCGCCUAUCUUACGCCCUACAACGCUCAAGCGUAUCCGGCGUGGCUAUUUUGAUCCUACUCUUGAUAAUCCAAAGCACCGGAAAUAA